GAAAUCGUGUGAACCAAUGGGAGCACAGUAUUAACAUUGACAGCAAUAAGCAUUGAAAGCACGUGUUGUGUGAAUACAACAACACAUGUGUUUUGCGGACAUUUAACUAGUGAUCAGACUUUGGGACACAAUUAGUGACCGCAAGAAGUGACUGUAGGAUCAAAGUAUGGGUCGAAAAGGCAAUUACGACCAGAAGGUUAAGCGCGGCAAAGGGCGGGCAUCCAAGAAGCAAAAGGAUCCGGAGUUCAAGCAGUGGUUUGCCGGCGACACCACCGAUGACCACAAGAAUGCGUCCAAAAAGAGGAAGAAGUCACUGAAAUCUGAUAAUCAAAAGAGUGGUGUAAAUGAUCGCAAGAGUGGCCAAAAACGGGUCAAAUUUGCCGAUAAGAUUGAGUACAGUCCCGACUCGGAUGACGAUCAGGUGGCGGACCAGUCGCUCGAUGAUAAUGAGACCACAUUUGACACGACUGGCGAGGAUUACUCCGACGACGGAUCGGAUGAGGUGCAGAUGAAUGGUAAUCAUAAUGAGGACGACGACGAGGAAGAGGACUUGGAUGAAGACGUUGAACAGGAAGGAGAGGAUGAGGAGGAAGAAGGGAAUGAAGGAAGUGAUGAGGAAUUGGACACAACUAUAGAGUUAAACGCGACGACCGAUGAGGAGGACAUGAAGAUAUCGGAUGCCAUCCAAUUGGGAACCACUGACAGCCGACUGCCCGAAGACUUGGCGAUCAUUAAGCAGCGAAUAAGUGAUGUGUUGUUUGUGUUGUCGGACUUCAAGUCCCGGCGCGACCCCAACCGCUCGCGCGCUGACUAUCAGUUGAUUUUGAAGCAAGAUUUGUGUCAAUACUAUAAUUACAACGAGUUUUUGAUGGAAAAACUGAUGCAUUUGUUUAACGGCGAAGAACUCAAAGAGUUUCUGGAGGCGAGUGAAGUGCACCGACCGCUCACUCUCAGGACCAACACGUUGAAGACCCGGCGCCGCGAUUUGGCGCAAACGUUGAUCAAUAUUGGCGUUAAUGUGGACCCGAUUGCCAAGUGGUCGCGAGUGGGACUCGUUGUGUACGACAGUCAGGUGCCCAUCGGAGCCACACCGCAAUACCUGGCCGGCCAUUACAUGCUCCAGGGAGCGGCCUCACUGUUGCCGGCCAUGGCGUUGGCGCCCCAACAGAACGAGAAGGUGUUGGACAUGUGUGCGGCACCGGGAGGCAAGACCACACAUAUUGCGGCGCUCAUGAAGAACACGGGUAUUGUGUUCGCCAACGAUCCCAACAAAGACAGGUGUAAAGCAGUGGUGGCCAACGCUCACAGGUUAGGGAUUGUCAACACUGUGGUCAGCAAUUAUGACGGGCGACAGUUCCCCAAAAUUAUGACCGGCUUUGAUCGGGUCCUGUGCGACGCCCCCUGCAGUGGAACCGGUGUUAUCGCCAAAGAUCCCAUCGUUAAGACAAGUAAAGAAUCAGUAGACAUUCAACGGUGCGCUCUCUUACAGAAAGAGUUAAUUCUAGCGGCUAUUGAUUGCUUGGACGCCAACUCCAAAACUGGCGGUUAUCUCGUGUACUCGACCUGUUCUGUACUGGUCGAGGAGAAUGAAAGGGUUAUUGAUUACGCGCUUAAGAAGCGUAACGUAAAGCUCGUACCAAUCGGUGUCGACUUCGGGAGGGAAGGGUUCACUCACUAUAGGGAACUCCGUUUCCACCCGACUCUGUUGCACACCCGACGCUUUUACCCGCACUCACACAACACGGACGGCUUCUUUGUGGCCAAACUCAAGAAGUUUUCCAAUACUAUACCCAAGAGUACUGUCACUCAGAAAGACAUUAGACGGCUGUCCAAAAAGUUAGCCCUCACUUGCAAUGAAACAGAUGACCAGAAAACGGAUGAAACAAACGUUAAUAACAUAAAUAAAAAGCAUAAGAAAACUAAAACUCAUAAUAAAAGGGAUGGAAAUGAAAGCAAAGGAAAAGUGAGUGAAAAGAGUGGUAACAUUGAGAAGAAAGCAGAGCCUGAAAGCGAUGACCAGACGGCCGUUGAGGGGAAGGGUGUGUCCGAUGAGGUCGAGAGUAAGAGUGAAAUCGAUAAGAAGCGGGUGUCGGGCGCCAGGAGACUGAAAAUGAGACGAAAACAGCAGAGAAAUCGCAAUAAAAAGAAGAAAUUGAAGUUAAAGGAGAAGAAACCGAAAGCACCGGCAGAUCAACAAAAACGCCAGAAGCCGACCACCAAUACUAGCGAUUCGAAUAAGAAGUCGAAACACAAGAAGAAGAAUAAGAAGACGAGUGUUAAGACGAAAGAGGAGUGAAAACCAAUGGGGAAUGGGAUCUAAAUAUGGGAGGAAAUAUAGUUAUAAAUUAAUUUAUAUAUUUUUGAUUCAUUUGAUUGACGCCAACAUUAUGUUAGUGAUGGAAAGACAUGUCAUGUAUUACAUGCGAAAUGAAAUGUAUAAAUGAAGUUUUAAUUAUUAAACAGUUAUUUUAAACUUA